GAGACCAGUGAUCCAAUCCGGUUUGAGCCAGUUCUAUUACUGGUCCGACGAACUGAUGUUAAGUUACAGACGACUCUGAAGGUGUAGGCUGAGGUGUACAGCUGACCCACAUUUCAUUUAGUUGCACAACCAGUGAAAGGCUGCUUCAUUCCCUUAUAUCUGUCCUACAACACCAGCAACAAUGGGAAGGAGAAGUAAAACUGACAACUCCGAUUCAGCCACUUCAGAGCCAAAAAGAAAGUCUUCACGGUUGUUAGGGCAGAAGACACAGCCAGAACCUGUGCCGGAAAAGAAAAAGGCACCUGUCAAGUCCAAAAAAGCAGCCAAACCAGCAGCAAAGGUCAAGGCUGAGGAGAAAAAAGAGGAGCCCGAGGUAGAGAAGGAAGAGGUCCCCGCAGAAAACGGAGAUGAGAAAGCCGAGGAGAAGGCUGCACCAGCAGAGGAGGCCGAUGAGGGAGACGAUGCAGAGGACGCAGACAGCAAAGCUGAGGACGACGAUAAAGACGCCGAGUAGCUGUGACAACCUGAGACUCCCUUGCCAGGGCUCCCUGUACCUCGUUUCUUGUACAAUGCAGAGAAUAUUUUUAUCUACUAUUUUCAUAAGACAGUAAUGUUUUUAGGCAUCUGGUUGCAGUAAUGCAUUUUUAAAAAAAAAAUAUACCACAAAUUCCAUUCAGUUUCAUGGCUUCUCGGUCAUUCUUUUUUUAUUUUUUUCCUUUUAUUUCCUUGUAUCUGGCUUUUUUUUCUAUUUUGCCCUUUAGGUUGUAGUUUUCUGCAUGACAUGAGGUUGUGCCUAUAUCAGGAAUUAAAUGUUCAACUUCGGGGAGUUUACCUGAGACAUUCCCGAGAAGUCUUGAGGGAUUUUGUAACCUGUACUGUUUUGGAAUUUAAUACAUCGUAAUACUAAGUGUUUGAUAGGGAAUAGUAUGAUUGAAAGUUGGAUUAUUGUGAUCCACGCUAAUGGUCUUGGUCACAAUGUUUACCUUAAUCAUGUUCACUAGUACUGGACUUUUUUGUUAUUACUUAUAUGCUGUCAGUGAUGGUACAUUUGAGGAUGGUCAGACUAUUCCAUACUCUCUGUGCUAAAAACAAAAUGCAUUACAGAGUUUAUCGCUCUUGUCAUGGUUUAUCCUUUCGUAUUUUUUUGGAUUACUGUAUUUUCACCUCAGUCUACAAAAUGUAUCCCACAUGUUUGUGGAUACAUACAUUGCGGUUUUGGGAUUUAUCUUCCAAUGUACAGUUUCCUCGGUUUUUAAAAAAAGAAAAAAAACAAGAAAAAAAGUUGUUUGUUAUGAAUAUAAAAUGCCAAUUAAAGUGGGAAUUCCUCUGAA